AUGUUCCAUCAUACUCCCAAAAUCUCUACCUUUCUAAUAUCCUUCCUAUCUUCUGCUACUAUAUCCAUGUCCUCAAUUCCUACUCUACUUUCUCAUUCCAAUCUACUCCAUAUCUUAGUUAUGUCCUGCUGGUACUCUCAGCCACACGUCUCGUUCGUCCGGUGUCUCCACUCUGGCCACUACUGUGGAACGUUCGCUCCGCUUCUGCGGAAAUUCCCACCGGCCGGAAGUCCUGCAACCACUCCUCGCUGCUGCUUUCCCAACAGAGCACCCCUAAAAUUUUUCCAAAUAAUUUUUACUAUAUUUUUAUUUUCCCUGCCAAUCUGGCCUUAUCUAUAUCUUACUUAUCCAAUACACUACUCCUAUCCAUGUCCAUCUUCUAUAUCUCUCUUAUACACUCCCACCUUCCAUCCUAGUAUCUUUCCCUUACUCAUCCAACUACUAGUA